CACUCUCUAUUCGGUCGACAAGGGGGCAUCACUUCUCAAGACGACCCCAGACCAGAGAAGAGGGGCAGGAGAGAGAAGGAAGAGGGUGCAGGAGGAGCUGGGGGUUUUAAAGGCACAUUCUAGUUGAGCUCCCCAGAAAGCACAGUCGCCCCCUCACCCCCAUCCCCCCCCAAAAUAAGUACAAUCUAAUGGCUUUAUAGAAAUUGUAAUUGCUGCAAGGGUUUUUUGCCCUUUAUUUUUGCAACUUAUUUUCAUUCCAAGAUUUGAAUUAAGGACCCCUGAAUCUUAAAGAAUUGCCCCCCCACAGCAGAGGAGGUAAUGAGCAUGGAUACACAUACAAGGUGGAAACGGAGAAGUUGGAGGAGAGACUUGUCCCUUCUUGUAGCUCUAAGCUUUAUAUGUUCACAGUGCCAUGCAGGUGAACCAGCAGAUGUUUUGAAGGUUUUAGAUUUUCCUAAUUUACCCGAUGGAGUCCAAAAAUCAACAGGAUUCUGCGCAUUUAGAAAAUCAACAAAGGGACCAGAUGUGGCAUACAGAGUGUCGAAGAGUGCGCAGCUUAGUGCCCCCACCAAGCAGCUCUUCCCAGAUACCCCAUUCCCACAAGAUUUCUCCAUUCUGACAACUGUGAAACCCAAAAAGGGAGGCCAGUCAUUCCUUAUGUCCAUUUACAAUGAGCAUGGCAUCCAGCAGGUUGGCAUGGAGCUGGGCAGAUCACCCGUCUUUCUAUUUGAAGAUCACUUGGGAAAUCCAGUCCCUGAGGAUUACCCCCUCUUCAGUGGCAUUAAUCUCUCUGACGGCAAGUGGCAUCGGAUAGGAAUCAGUGUCUACAAGAAGCAGGUGACACUCUUUGUGGACUGUAAGAAGCGAGCACAGAAACACCUGGAGCGCAGCGAGCACUCAAUUGUGGACACCAAUGGCAUUGUUGUGUUCGGCACUAGGAUUCUAGACGAAGACGUCUUUGAGGGAGACAUUCAGCAACUCCUUAUUGUUCCGGACCAUCGAGCUGCCUUUGAUUAUUGUGAACACUACAGUCCUGACUGUGACACUGCUGUCCCUGAUACCCCCCAGUCUCAGGACCCCAACCAGGAUGAGUAUCAAUACCCUGAGGCUGCAGAAGGAGAUGAAGGCUAUUACUACGAAUAUCCAUACUAUGAAGAAGAGAACGAUAAAACUCCAACUGUAAAGCCCGCACAAGCCAAUGUUGAGGAGGCAGUAAGACCGCAACCAGACUUUGAAGAGGAGACCCCAGCACCCACAGAAGCUCCAGUUGUAAUUACUGAAGCAGCAAGAGUUAGGAUUGAAGAGAACAGUGAAGCCAACCCCAGCCCAACAACAUAUGAAUAUAACUAUGGUGUGCAUGAGGAUUACUACUCCCCACAACCCGACGAAGAUGUAAACUACUCUGAGGUGGAUGAAAGAGAGGAGGGGACCAACGUGGAUGAAGGAUCCAUUGACAGAACUGUCGAGGUCAUCACCAGCACUGUGACCGCAGUCAACAACGGUACAUCGGUGAGUGGUGCAGGAAGCUCCAGACAUGAAGGAAAUGUCGAUGGUGAUUUUACAGAGGAGACCAUAGCCACCUACGAUCAGUCUUAUUCUGACCUGGACUACGAUGUGGACAAACAAGAAGAGGAUCUGAAAGAAUCGGCUGUCAUUGUGCCACACUACGAGACUUCUGGAGGUGUUCGUGGUGAGAAGGGACAGAAAGGGGAGCCAGCCAUCAUUGAACCUGGAAUGCUGAUUGAAGGCCCACCCGGUCCAGAGGGCCCAGCAGGAUAUCCUGGUCCUCCUGGAACCUCAGGCCCCCCUGGUCCAUCUGGUGAUCCUGGUGAGAGGGGACCACCUGGCCGCUCAGGACUUCCUGGAGCUGACGGUUUAGCGGGACCUCCCGGUACCAUGCUCAUGCUGCCUUUCCGCUUCUCAGGAGGAGGAGAUGGAUCAUCCAAAGGACCCCAAGUAUCUGCACAGGAAUCCCAGGCUCAGGCAAUUCUACAACAAGCCAGACUGGCACUAAGAGGGCCUUCUGGUCCAAUGGGCCUUACGGGAAGACCAGGACCAAUGGGAACUCCAGGUCCUUCGGGAUUGAAGGGGGAGUCGGGUGAUUUAGGACCACAGGGUCCUCGUGGCUCUCAAGGUACCCCAGGUCCCUCAGGGAAGCCUGGACGUAGGGGUCGGGCAGGCAGCGAUGGUGCUCGUGGGAUGCCGGGACAAACUGGACCCAAGGGUGACCGAGGAUUUGACGGUCUGGCUGGUUUACCUGGAGAGAAGGGACAUCGUGGUGAAUCUGGCCCAUCUGGACCUCCAGGACCACCAGGAGAGGAUGGAGAGAGGGGUGAUGAUGGAGAUGUUGGACCCAGAGGAUUGCCAGGUGAACCUGGACCAAGAGGAUUGUUGGGACCAAAAGGACCUCCAGGCCCCCCUGGACCUCACGGUGUGUCAGGAAUGGACGGACCAGUUGGUCCCAAGGGCAGUGUGGGACCUCAAGGUGAACCAGGACCACCAGGCCAGCAGGGAAACCCAGGUGCACAGGGUCUUCCAGGUCCACAGGGCGCCAUCGGUCCUCCAGGAGAGAAGGGCCCUCUAGGAAAAUCUGGACUUCCCGGUAUGCCUGGUGCUGACGGUCCACCUGGUCACCCCGGAAAGGAAGGACCCCCAGGAGAGAAAGGAACUCAGGGUCCUGCAGGACCUCAGGGACCAAUCGGGUAUCCAGGACCUCGAGGUGUGAAGGGUGCUGAUGGAAUACGAGGCUUGAAGGGUGGAAAGGGAGAGAAGGGUGAAGAUGGCUUCCCUGGAUUUAAGGGUGACAUGGGGCCCAAAGGAGACAGAGGGGAACUUGGUGCAUCUGGUCCCAGAGGUGAAGACGGCCCUGAGGGUCCAAAGGGGCGCGGUGGUCCUAAUGGAGAAAAUGGCCCACUAGGUCCAGCAGGUGAAAAGGGAAAACUUGGUGUUCCAGGAUUGCCCGGAUACCCAGGAAGACAAGGUCCAAAGGGUUCCAUCGGAUUCCCAGGAUUUCCUGGAGCGAAUGGCGAGAAAGGCACAAGAGGAACCCCUGGCAAACCAGGUCCAAGGGGGCAACGAGGUCCAACGGGUCCACGUGGUGAAAGAGGUCCAAGGGGUACAACAGGAAAGUCAGGCCCCAAGGGUAAUUCUGGAGGGGAUGGCCCAGCUGGUCCUCCUGGUGAAAGGGGACCACCCGGACCUCAAGGACCCACUGGAUUUCCUGGACCGAAGGGCCCCCCUGGUCCGGCAGGGAAAGAUGGACUUCCUGGCCACCCUGGACAGAGAGGUGAAACUGGCUUCCAAGGAAAAACUGGCCCCCCAGGUCCCCCUGGUGUUGUCGGCCCGCAGGGUCCAACUGGAGAGACUGGUCCCACGGGCGAAAGAGGUCAUCCUGGGCCUCCUGGACCUCCUGGUGAGCAAGGUUUGCCUGGUAUGGCAGGAAAGGAAGGAUCAAAGGGAGAUCCUGGCCCUGCUGGUGUGCCUGGUAAAGAUGGACCAUCUGGUUUAAGAGGAUUCACUGGAGAACGUGGUCUUCCAGGCCCAGUUGGUUCUCCAGGACUGAAAGGCAGUGAAGGGCCCACGGGACCUCCUGGCCCUGCUGGAUCUCCGGGCGAAAGAGGAGCUGCAGGACCUGCUGGUCCAAUUGGUUUACCAGGAAGACCCGGCCCACAAGGACCACCUGGACCAGCUGGUGAAAAGGGGACUCCAGGAGAAAAAGGUCCCCAGGGGCCAGCCGGACGUGAUGGUGUCCAAGGUCCUGUUGGUCUCCCAGGCCCAGCUGGACCAGUUGGUCCUCCAGGAGAAGAUGGAGAUAAGGGUGAGAUUGGAGAGCCAGGACAGAAAGGAAACAGGGGUGACAAAGGGGAGCAGGGCCCACCCGGACCUUCAGGACCUCAAGGGCCUAUUGGUCAACCUGGUCCAUCAGGAGCGGAUGGAGAGCCUGGACCCCGAGGACAGCAAGGCUUGUUCGGUCAGAAAGGUGACGAAGGUCCCAGGGGUUUCCCCGGACCACCAGGCCCAGUUGGGCUCCAGGGCUUACCAGGACCUCCAGGUGAGAAGGGAGAAACGGGUGAUGUCGGUCAGAUGGGUCCACCAGGUCCACCUGGCCCAAGGGGACCCACUGGUCCAGCAGGAGCAGAUGGCCCACAAGGUCCUACAGGAGGAAUAGGAAAUCCUGGAGCUGCUGGAGAGAAGGGUGACCCUGGAGAGUCUGGUGAACCUGGUCUUCCUGGAGAGCUUGGGCCACCAGGUCCAAAAGGUGAAAGAGGAGAAAAAGGAGAAGCAGGUCUUCAAGGAGCAGCUGGUCCAGCUGGUCCUAAAGGACCUCCUGGGGAUGAUGGUCCCAAAGGUAGCCCUGGUCCAGUUGGAUUUCCUGGAGACCCUGGCCCUCCUGGUGAAUCUGGUCCUUCAGGUCAGGAUGGACCCCCUGGUGACAAAGGAGAUGAUGGUGAAUCUGGACAGCCUGGAUCACCAGGACCUACUGGAGAGCCAGGUCCAUCUGGCCCCCCUGGGAAAAGAGGCCCACCUGGUCCAGCAGGUCCAGAAGGACGACAAGGAGAGAAAGGGGGAAAGGGCGAAUCUGGCUUAGAAGGUCCUGCUGGCAAGACGGGUCCUGUUGGUCCACAAGGCCCUCCUGGAAAACCUGGACCUGAGGGUCUAAGAGGUAUUCCUGGACCUGUGGGUGAACAAGGUCUGCCAGGAUCAACUGGUGCUGAUGGCCCACCUGGUCCUAUGGGUCCACCUGGUUUGCCGGGAUUAAAGGGAGAUUCAGGUCCAAAAGGUGAAAAGGGUCAUCCUGGUUUGAUUGGUCUGAUUGGACCUCCAGGAGAACAGGGUGAAAAGGGAGACCGUGGUUUACCAGGUCCUCAGGGUUCGCAAGGGUCAAAAGGAGACCAGGGUAUUUUUGGCCCAUCUGGACCUGUAGGUCCCCCUGGUCCUCCAGGAUUGCCGGGCGGUCCAGGGCCAAAAGGUGCUAAAGGGUCAUCAGGUCCCACUGGUCCCAAGGGUGAGCUAGGUAUUCCUGGUCCCCCAGGCCCUCCGGGUCCCCCUGGAGAAGUUAUACAGCCACUUCCUAUACAGUCAUCGAAGAGAACCAAGCGAAAUAUUGAUGCCAGCCAAGUUGUGGAUGAAGGAAAUACUGACACAAAUUACAUGGACUAUGCAGACGGCAUGGAGGAAAUCUUUGGCUCUCUAAACUCCCUAAAACUGGAAAUUGAACAAAUGAAACACCCAUUGGGCACUCAGGGUAAUCCUGCCAGAACCUGCAAAGACCUACAGCUUUGUCAUCCUGAGUUCCCAGAUGGUGAAUAUUGGAUUGAUCCUAACCAGGGCUGCUCACGAGACUCAUUUAAGGUUUACUGCAAUUUUACGGCAGGCGGAGAAUCAUGCAUCUUUCCAGACAAGAAGUCUGAAGGAAAUAAAGUGGCUCGAUGGCCCAAAGAGGUGCCUGGUUCAUGGUAUAGCCAUUACAAGCGAGGGUCUAUGCUGUCCUAUGUGGAUUCUGAUGGAAACCCGAUCGGCAUUGUGCAGAUGACAUUCCUGAGGUUGCUCAGCGCUGCUGCCAGGCAGAAUAUCACCUAUAACUGCUACCAAUCUGUGGCUUGGCACGAUGCCACCAUUGACAGCUAUGACAAAGCCAUCCGUUUCUUGGGAUCAAAUGAUGAAGAGAUGUCUUAUGACAACAACCCUUACAUUGUAGCCAUCAUGGACGGCUGUGCAUCAAAGAAGGGCAACCAGAAAACCAUCCUGGAACUCAACACCCCCAAGGUGGAGCAAGCUCCUAUAGUGGAUCUUAUGUUCAAUGACUUUGGAGACCCAACACAAAAAUUUGGCUUUGAAGUGGGACCAGUAUGUUUCUUAGGCUAAAAUUACUUUCCAAAAAUGUAAAAUUACAUAAACACAUUUUUUUUUUUAAGAAAAGAGGCCAAUAGCAUACCAGAAUGCAAUUCUCCAAAUGAACAACCUUGAAACCUCAUCACCAUUUUAUCAAAUCUUCACUUGCACAUUCUCAACGGCAAAGGUGAAGAAUUAAACCCCAAAAUUUGCCAGAGGCAAAGAGUUAUGCCUGGACCACAGAUCUAGUCAGGAGAAAAUAAAAUCACUCGUUGCCUACUGCCUUGGUAUCACAUGACCUAAACAGCAUCACGUGACAGUCAUCAGAAGCACAUGGUCUCUAAGACGGAAAAAGAAGAAGAAAAUCACUACAAGUGACGGAUGCUUAAAAAAAGAUAAUCCCACAAAACACCAGUUUGAAAUGACUAUUUUUUUUUCUUUUUUUACACCACUCUAAAAUUUAUAAAGUUGGUCUUUCACAUGGAAGAAAAAGUCACUGUGCCUUGUCCCUUUGUAUUAAAGGUGCUUAUAUUUUUGUAUGUAAUUAUUUGUAUUGUAUAUUAUUAUUAUUAUUGUUUGUUUUUAAAGGUUAAAAUAAAUUUAAUUUUCAUUACCCUAACUUUAAUUCAUGCAUGUGGCCUGGUUUUGUAAACCAGGUUUAUAACAGGCAAAAACUGGCAAACUCAUGACAACGUGUACAUUUUUUAUGAAUACAGAUUUUAAUCUACCUGCAUGUGGUAUAUGGUCCUGUGUUUAUUCCCCCCCCCCCCCCAAGUUUUUAUUAAUUGCAAUCCAGGAAUCUUAAGAAAUUAGUUUGUCAGCAAUUUACCUGCUAUGCAAAAUCAUUUUUUGUCUUCUUAACAGAAUGGUGACGUUUAAUGUGCAAAGUUGUCAUUCUAACAAAAAAAUCCCCAAAACACACAACUUACAAAUAAAUAACACAUACCACUAUGUCAUUGUGCUAUUUUUUGUCCAUUUUCUUUUUGGCAGAAUAAGUCUUGGAAAAGCUGUAAAAAAUGUUUGAGUAAGGAUUUGUAUUUUUUUUUAAACUAGUCUAAAUGUAUGCCUUUUGUUAUAAGGUGGUGCAUACAGUUGGCCCAUAUACUGGCAACACUUCUUGCUGAUCAAAUAGCCUAAAAAACUUCUUGAUUGCGCUACGUUCCACAUGCAUUAAUGCAAUGAAAUUUACUUGUGACAAGGUUCAAAUUAGGUUAUUAAGUUGCUAAUUAUUGUACAGUGUUAUAACCUCUUAAUUUUUUUCCCCUCCUACCUUGUCACAAAGCGGGAGGUUGCUUGUAGUGGGCAAAUCUUGUCAGACAUAGGUGCUAUGUUCAUUUUCCUGUGGUGCUAUUUUUUCCCCCCCCCUACACUUGUCUAUCAGUGACAGUGCUCCACUGUGGGCAAACCACCACUAGUUACUGUUCGACAUAUCCCACACAAUCUGCUAGCUAUUAGAGAUAUAAUGCAUGCUUCUUUUGUAUUCAUAAACUGUGUAGAUAUGCCAUUAAAAGAAAAAAAAAAGACUAAAGGAAACAAAUGAACUGUAAUGAGGUAGCUUUCCCAUGUAGUGUUUAAAACGUAUCACUCCAUCUAUGUAUUUGUAAUUAUUCCAAAAUUGUUAUCAGAUGCUGAUUAUGGUGCUAACUUAUGUUGUUUGUUUAAAAAGUGUUGAAGAAGAAAUGUUUUAUUUUUCCUCUCAUGCCUUCUUGUGCCUGGAGUUGAAACCAAGGUUGGCAAAUGUGCAUACCAAACAGGUUCUUGCAUUUCCCAGUAUGACAAAAGUUUACAUAGCCAGCACUGUACUGGAACUUCAGUGUGAAUCACUGAAUAAAAAUAAAAGGGACACAAAGUGCUUGAAUUUGACUCUUUUCUGAAUAACUGACAUAUGUAAAUGAGGUCAGGAAAUUGAAUAAGUUUCAAGCUGCACAUGAGUAGCCAGUGACCAGAUAUAUACCUUUUUUGUAACUACAAUUGUUUUUUUCCAGCUAUAGCUUUACUUUGAAAAACCUACUUUACAUAGUUUUCCUUUUUUUUUUUCUUUCUUUUUUUUUUUAUAUAUAUAUAUUUUUAAAUAUUUAAUUGCCCUUGAUGUUUCAUAAGAAGUUACUUAUUGCUACAUAAUAAAUAUUUUACUGGUUUGGUGGCUGUAACAUCAAAUUUAAAAAAAAUACCAAUAAUUGUUCUUGCAACCACUAGACUUUUCUGCUCCAAAAACACCUCUGGAUAUAUUUUAGAGUACUGGGGUAAUAUCCCAAUAAUUUCCCGAUUUUAUUUUUCCUGAAUGCCACCAUAGCAUUUUGUCUAAUCCAUACGUUACAUUUCAAACAAGUCCUUUAUGCUAAUUUAGCUGUAUUUUUUCACAAUCAGGUAAAA